AUGACAACCCGAGGCAUAAGACGGAAGAAGUCAUCGCUCUCCGAAGUGAAAGUGGCUGUGAUCGGUGCGCCCUCCGUCGGGAAAAGUGCCCUGACAGUCCGGUUUCUCACCAAGCGCUACAUUGGAGAAUACGAUCAUCAGCAAGAUAGUAAAUACAAGCACGAAGCUCUUCUUGAUGGCGAACCAAUAUUAUUUGAGAUAUUAGACACAUGUCCAAAGAGUAUAGAAGAAUUGCCCGGCAACGAAAUAGCUCAGUGGGCUGAUGGCCUUUUCCUAGUGUACUCGAUCACCGACCGCGAUUCCUUCAAUUACGUGAGACGAGCUAAGCAGAGUCUGCAACCCGACGUACCACUGACUCUAGUGGGCAAUAAGGCCGAUAUGGUUCAUUUAAGACAGGUUAGUCCAGAGGAGGGUGAGAUUUUAGCGAAAGAUUUUGAGUGCAGUUUCGCGGAAGUAGCUGCUGCGGAACAAGUGAACCAAGUUGGGGAGGUGUUCCAUGAACUUUGCCGUGAGGUGUUAGCGCUAAGGAGGCGGGCGAAGCACAGUCUACUCGACAGAAUGCUGGGAUCAAAGAGCGCCUACAGAGUCUAUUCCAGGGGAAAAAGUGACAGCGCUUUACCCAAAGAC